AUGGCUUUUUUAGCUUUCACCCAAAUCAUUCUACAACUCUUCUUCCUGGUCUCACUCUUCGAUGGCUCUUUUGCAUCAAGAAAACUCACAGAGUUGGUCCAAGAACCGCAAGCCCAGCUCUUGAAAUACCACAAUGGCCCUCUUCUUUUCGGAAAAACUUCCAUCAACCUCAUUUGGUACGGCAAAUUCAAGCCAUCCCAAAGAGCAAUCAUCUUCGAUUUCAUCACCUCACUGUCAUCUUCAUCAUCUCAAAGCCAACCCUCCGUCGCCACAUGGUGGAAGACCACUGAGAAAUACUACCACCUCGCCAAUGCCAAGAGACCUUUAUCGCUGUAUCUGGGUGAACAAAUACUCGACGAAAGCUACUCGCUUGGAAAGUCGCUCACACAGAAACAAUUGGUACAGUUGGCUUCAAGGGGUGGACAAAGAUACUCCAUCAACGUUGUAUUGACAGCCUCUGAUGUAACUGUUGAUGGGUUUUGUAUGACCAGGUGUGGGACCCAUGGAUCGUCCAGGAGUGCUCCUGUGAAGGGUAAGGAUUACAGGUUUGCCUAUAUCUGGGUAGGUAACUCGGAGAUUCAGUGUCCUGGUUACUGUGCUUGGCCGUUUCAUCAACCUAUUUACGGACCACAAACCCCACCCCUGGGUGCACCCAAUAAUGAUUUGGGUUCGGAUGCAAUGGUUAUAAACUUGUCUAGUCUUUUGGCUGGGACUGCCACGAACCCUUUUGGAAAUGGCUACUAUCAGGGACCUUCGGGUGCACCACUUGAGGCAGCCUCAGCUUGUCCCGGAGUCUAUGCUAAUGGGGCCUACCCAGGCUACGCUGGGGACUUGUUAGUUGACCCCACAACUGGUGCUAGCUAUAAUGCGCAUGGAGUCAAUGGGAGGAAGUACUUGCUUCCGGCUUUAUAUGAUCCUUCAACCUCUUCAUGUUCCACUUUAGUCUAAAACAAUAUUAGUCCACUGUGUAUAGAACAAGGCAUUAGUAGGAUGUGCACCGUGAUAAAAAUAUAGAAGAAUUCAUUUAUUUGUUCAUUUGUCUUCCACUAAUUAAUAGAACAGUGAAAUACUCG